AUGAAGAAUAAUAUUUCAAUGAAUGUCCUGCUAAAACUCUCGUACAGCGGAGAUGCAUACCACGGAUUCGCGUACCAGCCCUCGCUGCCAACAGUUGAGCACUAUCUCUUCUGGAGCUUCAUAAAAUGCAAUUUUGUCAGCACAGAAGAAAGCAUCCCAGAUCCUAAAACUUUUACGUUCUCAAAGAGCGUUCUAACAGCCAUUUCAGAAAUGAAGUACUACAAAUGCGGGAGAACAGAUGCAGGAGUCUCGGCAGCAGCACAGUACAUAUCUAUUUUUCUCCCAUGCGCAAAGUCAGGUAAGAGCUACCCGUACGAUGUAAUGCUGAACCAGCACCUCCCAGACAGCAUACGAAUUCUUGGCUGGAUGCCUGUAGAAGAAACGUUCAGCGCAAGAUUCUCCUGCACUUCCAGAGAGUACGAGUACUAUUUUGCAAAAGGCACUCUUAGCAUAGAGAAAAUGCAGAAGGCAAGCAGUCUCUUGGUCGGCACGCACUGGUUUGGAAGAUUAUCAAAACAGGAAAAAGAAGUAUCUAAAAAGAAAAGAUUGGAAAAAAAACAAAAACUAUCACCAGACGAGACACAGGCAGAAGAGUCCGUCCGAACUGUUGACUCAAUUAGGUUUGAAAAAGUGUCUGAAGACUCAGACACGGGAGUAGAGGUAUACCUCAUGCGGAUAAAAGCGCGUUCUUUCCUGCACAACCAAGUAAGGAAAAUAUUUUCACUUCUAUCGAUGAUAGGCGCGGGGUCUGACAUCAGAAUAGAAAAUAUACUCAACAAAAACGAAAAACAGGAAAAAGACAUAAAACUAUCAGACCCGUGCCCUUUGGUCCUUGCAGAGUGCACAUUUGGCACCACCGAUCUCACCCUUCUGAGCAGCACGCCAAUCAAAUCCCGUCUAUUUAUAAAACUCUGUGAAGAUGUAUCGGUUGCAUCCAGAGUAAAAGAAAGAAUAACGAAAGAGCCUCUCCUAAAGAUAAAAAACAAUCAAAACUAG